UACUAACUUUUUUGCAGUCGAGCCCAGCACAGUAUUGCCGUGAGGUCUCCCCGUGGCGAGUCCAUCUAUUCUCCUCUCUUACCACAAGAGGACGGACAAAAAGGCUGCACUUGGGGUUUUCCGCUGGAUCCCCAAUUUCUUUGGCGAUCAUAACCGGCGGAUCAAAAGUAACGCCCUGCUCCCAAAGCUUUUGAUUUUAUAAGUGUCUCUUUCUCACGGCGGAAUCGACAAAGCUUACACUCUCCUGCUCAUAAAAAGUUUUCCUGGAGUAGAUCUGGGGGCAGUGCCUUACUUCCUCCAUUUUACAUAAAAAAAAAAUCUCUUGCUCAUACGAGAAGAAUAUAUAGAAAGAAAACUCCUGGAAACAAGAACCAAGAAGGAUAUUGAAGGAAAAAGAUGAUGCAAGCCGCUGCGUUCGUUGCCAAAGGAAGCGUUGUUGCUGCCUCCGAGCUCCAGAGUCAUCAAAGGAGAGUCUCCGCUGGUCUCGGUGCGUUCCGAAGGAAAACUUUGGGACCGAAUAGUAUGCGGAUGCCGGAGAGUGGGUUCUUCUGUGGGAGAUCGCCUUUUGGCUCUUCGCUUAAUUUGAGAGUGGAGAUGGCGCGGGUGAGGGCAGGAGUGGAAGGAAUCUUUAGAUCCAGAGAGAAAGCUCGCUGGGUCAGGGUCCAAGCUUCUGGUGAUCCGGAGGAUGUUCCUUCUGAAAAACUUCAAGCAAAAUCUUCUGGGACCGUUUUGCCGUAUGUUGGUGUUGCUUGCUUGGGGGCCAUUUUGUUUGGAUAUCAUCUUGGUGUGGUGAAUGGAGCGCUUGAAUACCUCAAGGAUCUUGGAAUUACUGAAAAUGCUGUACUAAAAGGUUGGGUUGUUAGCUCAUUACUUGCAGGAGCUACUUUUGGCUCUUUCGCUGGAGGAGCAUUGGCCGACAAAUUUGGUCGAACACGAACAUUCCAGCUAGAUGCAAUUCCACUUGUAGUUGGUGCAUUUCUCAGUGCGACAUCCCAGAGUGUACGGACAAUGAUAAUUGGCCGGAUACUUGCUGGAAUUGGAAUUGGAAUCUCUUCUGCUAUCGUGCCACUUUACAUAUCUGAGAUAUCACCAACCGAAAUUCGUGGAGCUCUUGGAUCUGUUAAUCAACUCUUCAUUUGCAUUGGAAUUCUUGCAGCUUUGGUGGCUGGAUUGCCUUUGGCAGGAAAUCCUUUAUGGUGGAGGACAAUGUUUGGUAUUGCAAUUGUUCCCUCUGUCCUAUUGGCUUUGGGGAUGGCUAUUUCUCCAGAAAGUCCUCGUUGGCUAUUUCAGCAAGCAAAACUUUCUCAAGCAGAGAUAGCUGUAAAGAAACUCUAUGGAAAGGAAAAGGUUGCUGAGGUUAUGCAUGAUCUAAAAGCUGGUGGCCAAGGUUCCACAGAACCUGAUGCCAAUUGGUUUGAUCUCUUCAAUAAGCGCUACAGGAAAGUUGUGAGUGUAGGAGCAGCAUUGUUUUUGUUUCAACAGUUGGCCGGUAUAAAUGCUGUUGUAUAUUAUUCUACAUCUGUGUUUCGGAGUGCGGGAAUUGCUUCUGAUGUUGCAGCAAGUGCUCUUGUCGGGGCAUCAAAUGUCUUUGGCACUGCAAUUGCAUCUUCUCUGAUGGACAGGCAAGGAAGGAAAAGUCUUCUAAUCACAAGCUUUACUGGAAUGGCUACUUCGAUGUUGCUCCUCUCGCUAUCUUUCACUUGGAAGGUUCUGGCACCUUAUUCAGGAAUCCUUGCAGUAUUGGGCACGGUCCUGUAUGUGUUGUCCUUCUCACUUGGUGCUGGCCCUGUACCAGCCCUUCUGCUUCCGGAGAUAUUUGCUUCCAGAAUCAGAGCCAAGGCAGUUGCAUUAUCUCUGGGAAUGCACUGGAUUUCCAAUUUUGUUAUUGGCCUUUACUUCUUGAGCGUUGUGAACAAAUUUGGAAUCAGCAGAGUCUACUUGGGAUUCGCAGCAGUCUGCUCUCUCGCAGUUCUGUAUAUAGCUGGCAAUGUGGUGGAGACCAAAGGCCGAUCACUGGAAGAAAUUGAGCGUGCUCUUAACCCUGCAAUUUGAUAUAUUAAAAAGUAACUGGAGCAUUUUGCAGGUCAAAAGGAGAGCCAACAAAUGGAAUGUGAUAUACCUUCCCUUUCUCCCGUGGAAUAAUGAAAAGAACCAUAGUAGUUUUAGGCUUGCAACAGGCUUCUUGGGCGUUUCCACUAUGGUGUUAUGAGUCGAAUAAAAUCGAUCUUGACGAAUAUCAAGCUUGUCGUGAUGACAUCUUGGAGGAAGUUUGAAGACUGCGAAGACUAUUUGUUCUUAGAUUUUAACUCCGUCGCUCUGUUGGCGAAAAAUCAAGAUUGGUUGCUCUUGUAGCAUCAUUUUGUAAGAUCCAAAGCUGUUUAAUCUCCUGAAACUUUCUCGAACUCUAUAAAGAUGUCAGCGUCAAUGGACAGACUAUUCCAAGUCAUGGGUGGCAAUCUCCAUCUCUUGCCAUGGUAUGAUGUCGUGUUAGUUGCAAUGAAAUGAGAAUCGGAGCCAAAUUUGAUUUGUGAAAA